GGGGGUGGGGAGAAACCGGGUUGAUUGUGCGCGUGCGCAGUGAACGCUUCCUUCUUUUCCUGCGGCCUGUAGCGGCGGCACGAUGGCCAAGCGCACCAAGAAAGUUGGCAUUGUGGGUAAAUAUGGUACCCGAUAUGGCGCUUCCCUGAGGAAGAUGGUAAAGAAGAUUGAAAUUAGCCAGCAUGCCAAGUAUACCUGCUCCUUCUGUGGCAAGACCAAAAUGAAGAGGAAAGCUGUGGGUAUCUGGCAUUGUGGCUCUUGUAUGAAAACGGUGGCUGGUGGUGCCUGGACAUACAACACUACUUCAGCGGUGACAGUGAAAUCUGCCAUCCGAAGAUUGAAGGAGUUAAAAGACCAGUAGAAACCUCUUUUUCUCUCCUAAUGUUGUCUUAUGUUCCUCCUCCAGUUUCUCAGUCCAUUAUGCCUUUUUGUUAAUUAAAGGUGGUUGUGAAUCUGGA